AUGGGAACCUACGGUGGAGACGAAGUCGCAGCACUGGUGUUGUCAGUCGGACAUACAUGGACACAGGCAGGAUAUGCAGGAGAAGACACCCCCAAAUCCAUUUUCCCAACCUCUGUCGGAUGGGUUGAUUUGCCCGCCGAGGCAGACCAGGGCGACGAUGCAGACAACUCUGAGGACACACAGAUGCAGGACGUCACUCAGGACGGUGCUUCUGCAUCAGACAGCAACCAUAUCGGAAAGAAGGAUGCCGACGGUGGGGAUGUGGCACCACAGCCUGUGGGUGCUGGUCUUGUUCCAUCAAAGAAGAAGAUUACAAAGAGGGGGAAGUACUAUGUUGGCGAUGGAGAGAUUAGUUGCUGGAGACCGGAUAUGGAGAUCAAGUCUCCCAUGAAGGAUGGACUUGUCGAGGAUUGGGAUGCAUUGGAGCAGAUCUGGGACCACGCAUUUUUGAAGAGACUUCGCUGCGACCCUACAGAGCACCCCUUGAUCAUCACAGAGUCUGCAUGGAACACACGCGAGAUUCGUGAAAAGUUGACGGAACUGGCCUUCGAAAAGUACAACUUUCCCGCCUUCUUUGUCGCCAAGGACGCCGUCAUGACUGCCUUUGCAGCGGGAAGACCUCAUGCGUUGGUUGUGGAUUCAGGCGGAGACAUGACUAGUGUUGUUCCUGUCUAUGAUGGAUACGUUCUCAGGAAGGGCAUUAUGCGCCAGUCAUUGGGAGGCGAUGUGUUGUCAGACCAGGUCUUGCAGCAGUUCAAGGCAAGCGAUGUGGAGGUGACGCCCCAGUACUUGAUCGCCAAGAAGUCACCCGUGAUUGUUGGACAAAAGCCCAAUGUUGUGUUGAGAGAUCGUCCAGCCACCCCCAGCUUCCACAAGAUGAUGCAGAUGCGUGUCCUUCACGAUUUUAAGGAGUCUGUCUGCCAAGUCGCCGAGUCCACAUACAAUGAGCAAAACAUUAGCACGAGACCACAGAAGCCAUACGAGCUGCCAGACGGAUACAACUUCAACUUUGGAACGGAGCGGUUCAAGGUGCCCGAGAUCAUGUUCAACCCCAAGGAGUUUUUGAAGAACCCUACACCGGAACAGGAGAACUUUGUGGGUCUGCCCAAGUUGAUCUUUAACAGUGCGCAGUCGUGCGAUAUCGAUUUCCGCCCCACGCUGUUUGGCAAUGUUGUCCUGACUGGAGGCAACACCUUGUUCCCUGGCUUUGCUGAUCGUCUGCACUGGGAGCUGAACAGUAUACCCCAUUCCUACAAGGUCAAAUUGCAUGCGCCAGGAAACACGGUGGAGCGCAAGUGUGGAAGCUGGUUGGGAGGAUCGAUUAUGGCUUCAUUGGGUACUUUCCACCAGCUCUGGAUCUCUCGCAAGGAGUACGACGAGAGUGGCUCCAACAUUGUCAACAAGAAAUGCGUGUAA